AUGGCAGUUGGGAAGGUGACAUUUACCAAGGUGGAGAGAGAGAAGCUAGCUGAGGUUCUCUGUCUGCUUAAUUGGAUUUCUGUAGUGACAGGAACUAUCCUCUUUGGCCUUGGCUUGUUCCUCAGAGUAGAGAUUCAAAAAUGGCAAGAAGUGAUGUCGGAGCAGGGAAUCCUCUAUGUGCCACAUAUGCUGAUCACCACAGGACUAGCAGCCUGCUGCAUCAACUUUUUCGGUGGCAAGAUCUGCCUGGACUGCGCCGACACCAACAAGUUCCUGCGCUGGAAGCUGGUGAUGAUGCCGUACAUCAUAUGCACCUUCUUCUUCACCUCUUGCAUCCUAGCAGGGGCACUCAUGUGCUAUGGCAUUCGCAGCCAAAUGGAGGAAUCCCUGUUUAUGGGCCUGAGGAAUGCCAUGCGAUACUACAAAGACACAGACACUCCGGGCCGCUGCAACCUGAAGAGAACUGUGGACCUACUGCAGAUCCAGUUCCAGUGCUGUGGGAACACAGGAUACCGAGACUGGUUCCAGAUCCAGUGGAUCAGCAGCCGCUACCUGGACAUGAGCAGCAGUGCUGUGGUAGAUCGUAUGAGGAGUAAUGUGGAGGGGAAGUACCUGAUGGACGGUGUUCCCUUCAGCUGCUGCAGCACCUUCUCCCCUUGGCCCUGCAUCCAGCACCAUCUCAGCACCAGCUCAACCCAAGACGAGCAAAGCCGGCAGCUGAACCUGUGGAGGCGGGGCUGCCGACAGGCCCUGCUGGACCACUACACCGGCAUCAUGCAGUCAAUCGGCCUCACCGUGCUGCUCAUCUGGCUUUUUGAGCUGCUGGUUCUGACAGGUGUCCGUUAUCUGCAGACGGCCAUGGAGAACGUUCUCCGGCUGGGUGAUCCAGAGUCGGAAUCAGAUGGUUGGUUUCUGGAAAACAGCCUGGCAGAAACGGCCCGGUCCAAUUUUAACAUUAUUAAGAACCUGGGAAAGUGUUACCAGGUCGACGACGACCCAAACAUCAACGUCCCGACUGCUGCUGCAGAGGAGGAACUGCCAUCACAGCAGGUCCAAGUCCUCGUGACCAGCUAG